AUGGACCAAUUGAGCAAGAACAACGUCAUCGACGAGAAGCUGGACUUGCCGCUGCCGAAAAUCGAGCAGAUUCUCAAGGCUAACAUCAAUUCCGAGAAAGGCAAGUCGACGGACAUCGAAUGCUUGUCGUUGAUCGAGAGAAUGAUCCUCAUGAACUACAACGACGAUCUGAAAUUCGACCAAGAGGGUAAGCCGAUACUGCGGCGUACCACGGCGGUGCAUUUCGUGGCCAGGCGCGAUCUACCCCUGGAGAGCCCCAAGAUCCAGGCACUCUUUCGAGUGUACGACAGAUUCGAGGCGAAUUACGUCGACGAGACGGGCUUGAGCCACUUCCACGUGGCCUGCCGAUACGGCUUCCACGACGUGGUCGAGCGAUUCAUCGAGGCCGGGCAGAGUCCGGAUUUUCGACCGUUACAAACGAUAGACCCGCCGUUGCACUUGGCUCUACACCACGGCCACUGGACGACGGCGGAAUUGCUCCUGAGUCGAGGCCGCGCCGACCCAACCGCGACCAGCAGAGACGGAUUGACAGCCUUGCAUGUGCUCAGUCAGAAUCGGGAAUGCGAUAUGGACUUGGCGCAGACGUUGCUCCAGGGCGGCCUCGACGUGCGAGUCGACGCUUGGGACAGGUGGGGUAACACACCGCUUCACCUGGCCCUGCACCAUGGCAACGCCAAGAUGGUCGAGCUGCUGUUGAGGCACGGCUCCAAUCCGAACUUCGUCAACAACGCCGGGAUGUCUCCGCUGCACGUCAUCUCGAGGCGGGACCGCCACGGCCACCUGGCGGAGCUGUUCUUCGGCGUCGCGGACGAGAUGCAUCUCUCGGUGUGGGUCGACGCCCAGGACAAUGAGGGCAACACACCGCUUCACUGUGCCCUGCAACGGGGACUCAAGAGGGUCGUCGUUCUACUGCUGCAGCGUGGGGCCGAGCCGAAUUUGGCCUGCGCCGACGGUGGCAAUUGCCUGCACAUCCUCUGCCGGCAGCAGUACGACGGAGAGCUCAUCGACGCCUUCUUCGAGGUCAUCAACGAUAGACGCCAGCUGAUGGAGGUCAAUGCCCGGGACAAGCAGGGCGACACUCCGCUGCACUUGGCUCUACGACGCGACGACGUGGCCAUGGCCGAGCUCCUGCUGAGGAGCGGCGCCGACUCGCUUCUGGCCAACAACGAGGGAGACACGCCCCUGCUCAUGAUGAGUCGAAAUUACGACGAGUGCCGCGACCUCUUGGAUAUACUGAGUGGUCUCACCUUGAAUCAACCUCCAACGUUACAGGUCGACGUCGUGGGCAGUUCGGCCAUUACGGUUACCAGCACCGUCGUCUGA